AUGAUUGAAACUGCUUGUGAUCCUACAAUUGAAAAACACUUUAAAGGUCACGAAAACAUUAUUACAAGUUUAUGCUUUCAUCCUGAAACUACUCAACUUAUAUCAAGUAGCUCAGAUAAAACUAUAAUAUUAUGGAAUUUGAAGGAAUCUGUAAGGGCUUAUAGAUUUCUUGGACAUAAGGAUGCAAUUUUGGAUGUCACUUAUGCACCAUCAGGAGAAGUCAUAGCUAGUGCUUCCAGGGAUAGAACUGUUAGAAUUUGGGUUCCUAAAGUAACAGGACAAUGUUUAGAUUUUAAAGCCCAUUUAGGAGCUGUAAGAUCAGUACAGUUUAGUCCAGAUGGAGAAAAGUUAAUUACUGCAUCAGAUGAUAAAAGUGUUAAAUUAUGGAUGGUAUGUCAAAGAAGAUUUCUUAUGUCAUUUGUGUCUCAUACAAGUUGGGUCAGAUGUGCUAGAUUUUCUUUAGAUGGUAGACUUAUAGUCUCUUGUAGUGAUGAUAAAACAAUAAAAUUAUGGGAUGUUACUAGUGGACAAUGCAUUAAAACCUUUAAUGAUGUGNUAGCUUAUUCCACACAUGUGGAAUUUCACCCAAGUGGUUCUGUUAUUGGUUCUGCAAACUUUGCUGGUUGUGCAAAACUAUAUGAUCUACGUACUACUUCUUUGUAUCAACAUUAUGCAACUCAUAAAGGUCCUGUAAACAUGGUAAAAUUUCAUCCAAAAGGAAAUUUUAUGUUAACUGCAUCUGAUGAUUCAACAAUGAAGGUUUUAGAUUUGUUAGAAGGUCGUCCAAUUUAUACACUUAAAGGACAUAAAAAUGGUACCCGUGUAACAUCAAUAACAUUUUCCUCUAAUGGAGAGUUUUUUGCAUCUGGUGGAGCAGAUCGUCAAUUACUAAUGUGGAAAACUAAUUUUGAUAAGGAUGACAUUGCUCGUAAAAUUCCUCGACAUUUAGUUUCUCCUUUUAAGGAACCAGAAUUUGAUAUGAAAGAUGCAAAAUUACAUAAAGAUGAUGACAUAUUUCAGGAAGAAGAGGAAGUAGAAAAAACUCAUUGUCAAGUACCAGAUGCUGAAGUUUUAAAUCAGAAUAUAGAAUAUAAAGUAAUAAGUAUGAGAAACCAAAGACCUUUUGAAAAGGGUCGCAUUGUGAAUAUAUCACACUUACCUAAAAAGUCCUCUGAUGCAUAUUCCAGUAAAAUAGUAGAUGCACUUAAUGAACAAGUGCAAUCAUUAAGUGAUGCUGUGACCAUUUUAGAACAACGUUUAUCAGUAUUAGAAGAAAAAAUAAAAAAAUAA